AUGGCUUUGUACGAAGGCAUUGCUUUGAUUCAAGAGAAGCAAGCGGUUGUCCUAGAUUUGGGGACUGAUUAUACCAAGUUUGGUUUCACUGGCGAAGCCGCACCCAGAUGCAUCAUUCGCUCGGAAUUUUGGUGUACAUCAGAACGGCGAUACAAACGGGUACAUGACUACCAUACAGCAGAAGAGCUAUAUGACAACCUUGUGCAUAUGUUGCACUUGCUCUACUUCAGGCAUGUCUUAGUGAAUCCAAAGGAACGUAAAGUGGUUGUGGUUGAGUCGCUACUGACACCUACUCUUUUUAGAGAAACACUAGCCAAAGUCCUCUUCACACAUUAUGAGGUUUCUGGUGUAAUGUGGGCUGAUAGCCCUCGCCUGUGUGCCAUCACUUUAGGCACUCCAAUUGCCCUAAUAGUUUCCAUAGGAGCCAGGGAGGCGGAGGUUUGUGCAGUGGUCCAUGCGUCAGUGGUUCUGCAUGCAAUCCAAUCCCAGCCAAUAGCCGCCCGUGCUAUACAUGACGAACUCUCACGCCUACUAGACGAAGAUAACAACACUGAGUUACACCUGCCAGAUCAUAUUAUUGAGGACAUCAAAGUAAAGGCGUGUUUCGUCGGUCCUCGCGAGCGGGCGCUCCAGUGGUUAGAGGAUAAAGGCCCCACUCCGGCCAAGAGCGUGCAGUACCCGCUGUCGGGGCGCGCUCCCAUCACUGUGUCCGGCCGAAGCAGAGAACUGGCGGCUGAGCCGCUGUUCACCAGGGACAACGAGCUCGCCUCACUGCCCGACAUCGUGCUGCAAUGCAUCAUACAGUGUCCGAUCGACGCUCGUCGAGCUUUAGCCGAGAACAUUCUGGUGACUGGUGGCACCGCUUCCAUGCUCGGCCUGAAAGCAAGACUAGCUCAUGAACUACGGUAUCUAGUAACGCAGCCGCCGUACAGCGACCGCCUCUACGUGCGCGAGUUUAAAUUCCACAAGUCCGCGUGCCACGACAAUGUGUGCGCGUGGACAGGAGGCGCGCUAGCCGCCGCUGCUGACGGGGGAGCCCGCGCAUUGCCUCGCGACGUGUUCACUCGCUCGCGCCGCCUGCGCGACUGGCCCUGCCUGCUGGACAACGCGCCGCCCCACCCGCGCCCCCGCCCCGCCAACCUGUGA